CUCCCAUUUCGAUUCGAGAGAAACGAAAGAUUACGACACACAAAAAUUUGCGAUCCAAAAACGAUAACGGACAUCAGAAACAAGCAGACGCAGAGUUUGUUGGAAAACCCACUGACACAGUCACACACCCUAAAAAGAAGAGAAGGAAAAUCUGAAACGCAAUCGGAGUUGUUUUUCGGUUUUUGGUUCUGAUUGAAUUCUAAGGGUUACUUGAUGGUGUCGGUGAAUCCGAACCCAGCUCAAGGAUUUUUCUUCUUCGAUCCUUCUUCGUCCAAUAUGGGACUUCCCGGCGUUAAUCCGAUGCCGCCUCCGCCUCCGCCGCAGCAUGCUCCGGCAACCGUGCCAUCAGCUGCGUCUUCCAUUUGAUCGUGAUUGGAAGAAGAUUGAAGCAUUUGUCGGCUCAAAAACUGUUAUCCAGAUACGGAGUCAUGCACAAAAAUAUUUCCUUAAAGUCCAGAAGAAUGGAACAAGUGAACAUGUACCUCCCCCUCGGCCAAAGAGAAAAGCUUCUCAUCCAUACCCUCAAAAAGCUCCCAAGAGUGCUCCUACUGCAUCCCAUGUCACUGGGCCAUUGCAAUCUUCCUCAGCUUUCAUUGAACCUGCAUACAUUUAUAGCCCGGAUUCAUCAUCUGUGCUAGGAACUCCAGUAACCAGUGUGCCUUUAUCAUCUUGGAAUUAUAACACCAUGCCACCAAGCAAUGUGGCCCCAAGCAAUGUGCCACCAGCAACUAAAGAUGAUAUGGGAUUGGCUGGAGCUGGACAAGCUGUCCCUCUUACUUGUUGCUAUAGCAGCAGUAAUGAGAACACCCCUCCAACUUGGCCAAGUAACAAUGGGUUUGAACAAAGAAACCAGACCAAGCCAAUUAAAGGUUGGGAUGUUAUGCCAGAUUUUGCACAAGUCUACAGCUUCAUUGGCAGUGUAUUUGAUCCCAAUUCUACUAAUCAUCUCCAGAGGCUGAAACAGAUGGACCCAAUAAAUAUGGAAACGGUACUGUUGUUGAUGAGAAACCUCUCCAUGAAUCUAAUGAGUCCUGAAUUUGAGGAUCAUAAGAGGUUGCUUUCGUCAUACGGAGCCAACUCUGAAGAGGCAAAGUUUGUCAAUCCUUGCAGCAAGUUGCUCAAAUCUGAGAGUGCUGUUCUAACUGCUUAAGGUGUUGGCAGAUAGAACAUUUUCUGAUGCAUACAAAAUCAGACAUGUGAGAAGGUGGAAAGCGACAGAAGGUUUUGCUAGAAGAAGAAAAAUGUAGGAUGCAGAUGCAAACAUGUGUAUAUAAUACCGUAUAUAUAGUUAUUUAGGCAUAUGGUUAGGACCUUAGGUAAGGAAGAAUCCUUGUUAGGAGGCUUGAAUGUAUAUCCUUGGAAUGCCUUGGACAAUUUGAGUGUCUUUGUUAACUUCUGGAGGCUAUGAUGUACAGUAUGUUGAGUGGUUUUCAGGUUUUGUGUGUUAUGCUUUGAAAGCUCUCCUUUCUACAAUGUAGUAUAUACAAGUAGGGACUUAGGAUUGUGUGUAUGGUGGUGUAUAUAAACCAAUAAAGCCAUGCAGCUUUUACUUUAUGGUUUCAUGCAUUUACAUAUAUUUUACAUAAUAAAAGUUUGUCUUGUUGCCUGGUCUAAA